GAGAAAGGUUGAAAAAUGGCUGAAUCUUAUGUUUACUAUUCUAGGUUUUUCGUGAUACUUCUUAGCUUACUACUCAUUGCUUCAAAUGAUAUUGAAGCUGUGAAGAGUACUGCUGAUUUUUGCACAAAAUUUAGUGCUACAUUUGUGAAUCAAUGUUACCAUGAUCAAUCUUGUAUUGAUAAUUGUAAGAGGGAGGGGUUUGUUUAUGGUGGGGAAUGUGAGUGGAAAGGGAUUUGGCACGGAUUUGCUUGCAUGUGUUUCUAUUAUUGCUGAGAGACGAAUUUAGAAUUUAAAGUUUAUA